GCGAACCAGUGGUCAGUGGACCCGGACCGCUGCCGUCCUCCGACGUCCCCCCGCAGCUUUCAAACCGAAGGCUCUCCCUCUCUGCCCGCCCCUCCCCGCCCCGCAGACCCUCCUGUACACGGACUGAUCUCCCCCCAACCCCGCCGCCAAUCCACUUCUCACCUCCCCCACCCCCCGAAAAAACCAAAGCCGAUCGUUCCCGAACCAGAGCCUCUCCGUCAAACCAUCUUCUCUCCUCCAACCAGCUUCCCCGCCAGCCCCCUCCCUCCCUCCCCUGUCCCCUCCCUCCGCUCCCGGAUCCUCCCUCUCCUCUCCCCUCCCCCUGCGGCGCUGCCGCUCGCCUGCCGCGGUGUCCUGGCAGGGUGUCGAGGUGUGUCGGCGGGCGGGGUGUCGCAGGGCGUGUCACGAGGUGACUCGGGGAGGGCUGAAGACCGAGGGAGGGAGCGACGAAGGGCGUGCGGGGCCGUCGCUCCGCGCACCCCUCCCCCCGCCGCAGUCGGCAGGCCUUUCCCCGGAGAAGAUGGCGGAUCGGGCGGAGAUGUUUUCUCUUUCCACCUUUCAUUCGCUGUCGCCGCCAGGCUGCAGGCCUCCCCAGGACAUAAGCCUGGAAGAAUUUGAUGAUGAGGACCUGUCUGAGAUCACCGAUGACUGUGGCCUGGGCCUCAGCUAUGAUUCGGACCACUGCGAGAAGGACAGUCUCUCCCUAGGACGCUCGGAGCAGCCGCACCCCAUCUGCUCCUUCCAGGAUGACUUCCAGGAGUUUGAGAUGAUCGAUGACAAUGAAGAGGAGGAGGACGAAGAGGAGGAGGAUGAGGAGGAGGAAGAGGAGGAGGAGGAAGAGGAGGAAGGUGAAGGGGAGGGCAAGGAGGCAGGAGGCCCUGUGUCGGAGGCCCCUGCCCCAGAGACCCUGAUCCCUUCCCCCUCCGUGAAUGAACCCCACAAGAACCGGCCCACCACUCUCCAUCUGACUACGCUGGGAGCUCAGGACUCCCUGAACAACAAUGGAGGCUUUGCCCCAGCGCCUCCAGCUUCCUGGCAGGAGACAGUGCUGCGCUCGCCUCCCCAGGAGCCCCUCAGAGAGUCGCCCGCGUCCCUCCAGCCCACAGACGCGAGCCCGUGCGGGGCGCAGUCUCCUGUGCGCCUGGGUUGCGAUUGUGAAGGGAACCGACCCGCGGUGGGUGCCCCUGCGCCCUGUGGAGCCUCGCCCUCCUCGGAUCCUGGCAUCGAGGCCGACCUGGGAAGCCGCUCCAGCGGGGGCCGAGGCGGCCGGCACAGCAGCCAGGAGCUGUCCUCGCCGGGCUCCGACUCAGAGGACGCGGGGGGCGCGCGCCUUGGGCGCAUGAUUUCAUCCAUCUCAGAGACGGAGCUGGAGCUGAGCAGCGACGGCGGCAGCAGCAGCAGCGGCCGCUCCUCGCACCUCACCAACUCCAUCGAGGAGGCCUCAUCGCCUGCCUCCGAGCCCGAGCCCGAGCCCGAGCCCGAGGCCCCUUGUGAGCCCCCGCGUCGCCCCGCCUUCCUGCCCGUGGGCCCCGACGACACCAACAGCGAGUAUGAGUCAGGGUCCGAGUCUGAGCCCGACCUCAGCGAGGACGCCGACUCGCCCUGGCUGCUCAGCAACCUCGUGAGCCGCAUGAUCUCCGAGGGCUCCUCGCCCAUCCGCUGCCCCGGCCAGUGCCUGUCUCCCGCGUCCCGUCCUUCUGGGGAGGCCGCGUCGCCCGCCGACGCGGCCACUGAGGGCUCGGAGGCGCCUGCAGGGCGGGGCGGCGUGGAGCUGGUGGACAUGGAGACGCUGUGCGGGCCACCGCCCCCGGCGCCCUCCGCCCCUCGGCCCGGCCCCGCCCAGCCCGGGCCCUGCCUCUUCCUCAGCAACCCCACGCGCGACACCAUCACGCCGCUGUGGGCCGCCGCAGGCCGCAGCGCCCGGCCGGGCCGCUCCUGUUCGGCCACCUGCUCCGAGGAGGACGAUGAGGAUGAAGAGGACGAGAUUGACGCCGAUGACAAGGUGGGCCCCCCUGGCGGCAGGGGCGUGGGCCCCGCCGCGCCGCUGGACGCCUCGCUGGUGUACGACGCGGUCAAGUACACGCUGGUGGUGGACGAGCACACGCAGCUGGAGCUGGUCAGCCUGCGGCGCUGCGCGGGCCUGGGGGACGACGGCUCGGAGGACAGCGGUGGCGAGGCCAGCGAGGAAGAGACGGCGGCCGCGCUGCUGGGUGGUGGUCAGGGCCCGGAGGACGCCUCUCCGGACAGCCCUGACCUCACCUUCUCUAAGAAGUUCCUCAACGUCUUUGUCAACAGCACAUCUCGUUCUUCCAGCACCGAGUCCUUUGGUCUUUUUUCCUGCUUGGUCAAUGGGGAGGAGAAAGAGCAAACCCACCGGGCUGUCUUCAGGUUCAUCCCUCGCCAUCCGGACGAGCUGGAACUGGAUGUGGACGACCCGGUGCUGGUGGAAGCCGAGGAGGAUGACUUCUGGUUUCGCGGUUUCAACAUGCGCACAGGGGAGCGUGGGGUCUUCCCUGCCUUCUACGCCCAUGCGGUGCCUGGCCCUGCCAAGGACCUGCUAGGGAGCAAGCGGAGUCCCUGCUGGGUGGAGCGCUUCGACGUGCAGUUCCUGGGCUCUGUAGAGGUGCCCUGUCACCAGGGCAACGGCAUCCUGUGUGCAGCCAUGCAGAAGAUUGCUACUGCCCGGAAGCUGACCGUCCACCUGCGUCCUCCUGCCUCCUGUGACCUCGAGAUUUCCCUUCGGGGGGUGAAGCUGAGUCUGAGCGGAGGCCCUGAGUUCCAGCACUGCAGUCACUUCUUCCAGAUGAAGAACAUCUCCUUCUGUGGCUGCCAUCCCCGCAACAGCUGCUACUUCGGCUUCAUCACCAAACACCCUCUGCUGAGCCGCUUUGCCUGCCACGUCUUCGUCUCCCAGGAGUCCAUGAGGCCCGUGGCCCAGAGCGUGGGCCGCGCCUUCCUGGAGUACUACCAGCAGCACCUGGAGUACGCCUGCCCCACAGAGGACAUCUACCUGGAGUAGCCGCCCGCCGCCCUCCUGCUGCAGGGGCCGCCGGGCUGGGCGCCUCUCCAGAAGCCGCUGCGGCUUUGGCGAGAACUGGAUUGGGAGCGCGUGGGAACCAGUGUCGGGGAGUUUCCUCCGUGCUCCCCAGGGGCCACGGGAGAGAGGAGUCCUCUCCACUUUCCCUCUGAUCCGUUCUUUCUCUCUGUGUCACCCUCUUCCGCCCCUUGAUCUCCUCCUAUCUCCUUGUUUCUGUCUCUGCCCCUCUCUGUGCCUGCAAACCCUCGCCCUCUGCUCUUUACUUGGGGUCAGAACUGGGAGGGUUGUAGAGGAAGGCGAGACUCUAGGUGACUGGUGGCACCAGGCUCCCAGGCCAUCCCCUCCUGCCCCUCCCCUGUGAUUUAUAAAGGAAUUUUAAUUUUUAUAGUGAAUCUCAAAGGAUUACCCCAUCCUUGACCACAGGGAUAAAGAGAGGGACCCCCCAUACUGCCCCACAUGGAGCUCGGGGGAAGCAGGGAAGGGCUCCCCAGAAGGGCCCUGGGGGAGAUUAGAGGUAGCUCUUGAUGCUAACCCCGAGCCCGCAGAUGCUAGGAGGGGGUGCGCACCCCGGCCCUGGCCACACCAGCGUCCGCUUUGCCGCUGCAAACACUCCCUGCAGUCCAGCGCCUCAAUAAACUCUGCUUGGUGUGA